AGGUGUUCCGUGUGCCAGAGUGUGCUACUGUGUUGAUGAGCGGCGGUGUAAAAUGGAUGGAGAUGAAUGACAAUGACACAAAUUUCAGACAAAAUUGAGCCAUAGAAGUACAACAUCGCAGAAAAUCUUUUUCAUUUUAAUUCAGUUUUUCUAUUACAAACUUUAAGGCAUUGGUAUCAACACUUAUUUCACUCUGUGCACAUAUCAGAUUGGUGAAUCUUUGCCCUUUAUUCCUGCUGUUAACCCACCUCCACUCAAUGUUUCCAGAAACCAGUUAACCAGUUAAUUACAUCCAUUUGCUUGUCAGAUUUUAUUUUGAUGUAAAAGCAUGUAACUGUCGGUACUGUUUUGUGAAUAUGUCCCACUUAUUAUACAUAUACUUGUGAGUUUGUUUUGUCAAUAAUCAUAAAUCAAAUUUCCAUGUGGGGAUAUUGUUAGUAAGUAAUUGAAAUACAUUUAUUUGGUAUUGAAUAUUUGGAAUUCAUUGUUAUCUGCAUUGGAUCUAUUGAUUGGUUUCUAUAUUCAUGCUGGGUCUUUCUUAUCUGAAGCUUCCUUCUGUGUAUUGUGGUUGCAAUGGCUAGAUUGUAUGUUAUCAGAAAAUUGGUUAUCAAGUUGAAAGGAGAUCUGCAAGUACCUAAAAAUGUAGCAUUUAUAUGUAUAUGGUAUUAUAAAUAGCCCAGGCCUUACUUGUACUCAGAUGCUUGUACUAUUAUGUCAGCUGUCUUUAAAAUCUGUUUUCAAAAUGGAUCAGAAUUUCUUGGUCCAAAGAAAUGUACCUGUAGUUGAUGUGUACCUGCCACAUAAAUGAUUGAUGAAUUCUAUAAAUAUGACUUAUCAGAGUGAUUACAUCUAUGCCAGGGACCUGUCUCCCUAAAUAUUAUCCUAUUAUCCAGUAAGACAGUGUACUGCCCACUUCUACUUGGUCUCUGACAUGCAAUGCCAGGGAGUGAAGCCGUCAACAUGACUUCUGCAACUUGAUUUUAAGAUGAAUUAUUUAAUGUUGUUAUUUUGUUCAUUGAUAAAUCAGUUUAUUGAUAGUUUUAUUUAUUAUGCGUUUAUUUAUUUAUUUUUGCAAAAAUAUAUUCUUGAAUUUUUUAUUUCCCCUAUGGACCAGGUGCUUGGUGUCUUAUACAGUGCAUGUUCUAUUCUCUUUUUGUGUAGUUUUCCUUAUAAUAUAUUAAAUUCAAUUGUAAAUGAAUUUUUAUCCACACACAGGAUAUAUAACACAGUUCACCAUUAUUUAACCUAAAACAUAGUAUUAAUGAAAAAAUGAACAUCUUUUGGUAUAAUAGUAUCCUGUUCUCAUGUUCUGUUUUGUUUCUUUCUUUAAAUUUCAUCCCUACCCUGGACUAAAUCAGCUGCAGGUAAUUUCACAAACACAUAUUUCACGUUAUCAUACUGUCAGGUUUGGGAGAUGGGAAAGUUCAUUUUGUAAACUGAAGUUUUUUUGAAACUGUUUUAAUUUUGGAAAUAGGUGGGAUUGCUGAAUGAUACUGUGGAUACUGUAAUUUCAAGAAAUAGAACAUAUUUUUACAAAAGUAUUUAAAGUUCCUGGAAAAAUAUUCAUCUAUGCAUCCCAUUGAUAGUGUUGAAAAAAUUGAGAUGAUGGCCAAAAGAAAUAUUUUGUCCUUUUUGAAUUUCCUUGGAACAAAAAACCAAUGGAUUGAAAAAAUUUCAGUUUACUUAUUGACAGGGGCUUGGUGUUAGUACUCUGGGUAUCUUCUGCAUGGGUAGUUUAGACCUUUUUCUAUUUCCCCGUUUUCCUACUCAAUGUGUUCUGUUUGCUGGUGUUAAUAUUGUUAUGUAAUCCAUUGUGUGCUAUGAGGAAGCAUGAGGGGAGAAGAAAGGCAAGCAAACUGGAACAGUUUUCCAGUUUCAAGAGAAUCUUAUCAAGUGUAUGAUGCAGAUAGAGAAGACGUACUGCGAGUUGGCACAGAUGAGCACCAAGAACUGCCUUAUUAUCUGCGACAGAGGCAUCAUGGACGCUACAGCUUACAUGAAGCCAGAACAGUGGGAAGAGAUGAAGAUGAAAAAUGGCUGGAAUGAGAUAGAGCUGAGAGAUAACAGGUAUAACCAGGUGAUCCACAUGGUCACUGCAGCCAAGGGUGCCGAGAAGUUUUAUUCCACGGAGCACGCCGUGCGAUAUGAAUCGCCAGAUGUAGCACGAAAUCUUGAUGAUAUGGCCUCCCAGGCUUGGGUUGGACACCCAUAUUAUGAUGUUAUUGACAACUCCACUGAUUUUGAAGCCAAACUUAUACGCAUGAUAUCAACAGUAACAGAUCGUCUGGGUAUGGACUUCAGGGAAAGGCUCAACGUGAACAGUAAGAAGAGGAAGUUCUUGGUGAGAGAGCUUCCAAGUCUGGAGGCGAUAGACAUGGCUGCCAGUGCAGAGACUAAGGGUUAUCCUCAGUUUCAAGAUUUUGAUGUUGUUCAUGACUACCUGGCCACCCCUGGCCAGAAAACCCAGGCCAGAAUACGGAAACGAGGGCAAAAUGGUAACUGGACAUAUACUCACACCAUACGUCGCUAUCUGCAGAAUAACGAGAGCGCAGAGACCAAGAUGCACAUCACGUCAAGGGACUACACAAACCUCCUGGCUCAGAUAGACGAGAAGCAUCAGACCAUCUACAAGACAAGGCGCUGUUUUCUGUGGAAUGAUCAAUAUUAUCAGAUGGACUUGUACAAGGAGCCGUGUCAAGAAAGGUGUAAAGGGCUGAUUCUCUUGGAAACAUAUAGCACAAUCCCAGCAAUGGAGCCAUUAGACUUGCCCAGUUUUCUGGAUAUAGUGAAGGAAGUCACAGGGGAUCCCUAUUACUCCAUGUACAAUCUCUCCAGUAAGGUCUGGCUACAGAAUACCAAGGGGAAGGCCACUGUGUCACAUGACUCUAUACCUAAUGAGGUUGCUAAUGGUGAUGUCCACCAGGAGGCUACAAGUAAUGGCGACCAUGAUGAGACCAAUGGAGACAUCAAUGGGCUCCGUUAACGCUAUCCAGUGCAGCCUCUAUGUUUUGAGGAAACCAUAUUUUAGACAGACUACUGCUUGGAUGUUAUAAUGUGUGGGCCACAUCUCAUUAUCCUGCAUAAUUGCUUAUGUACAGCAUUUAUAAUCCAGUUAUACUUUACCUGAGUAGAUUGGAAGUAAAAGAUCUUUUCUUAAACAAACUGUAAGAUCAUAGUUCUUCAAUGCCAUGUUAAAAGGCACAAAGAUGAGUGAUAUUUUGAGAUUGUCCUUAAAUGUGGAACUUUUACCUAUAAAUUUUUACUCUGGUCGUGUCCCAAUUUUGUAAUACAUUAUUUUCAGUUUUUCUGUUAUUUUUAUUUCCUUUUGUAUAUUUUCCAUUUAGUUUUGCAAAUAACUUAUGGUAGUUCUCUUUUUUGGCCUCUGUUCUUUUUAAGUUAACUAGUUUUCAGUGCUAACUCAGGAAAUGGUUGCUUUAUGGUGUGUACAUCUAUGUCUUAGUGUUUGAUUUUCCCAGAAUAGGGAGAGCUAAAUGUUAAAGACUAAAAACUAAAUUAUUAAUUUAGUUCAGUUGGAUUUGGUUUUUUAAAUCCAAAAAUAGGUACUAGUAAAAGAGAGACAGUGUUGUCAAGUAUUAGCAAAAAAUUAAGAAAAAUUGACCAAUUAUUUAUGUGAAAGUAGAAGUAAAAUUUUGUUAGGUGUAUAAGUGUCACACCAUUUUGUUAAGUUUGUUCAGUGAAAUGAAACUAAUGGCAGUGCCAUUUAUUUAAUGUUAACUACUAGUCAGUUGGUGACAUUUACUAUUUUCUUUUCAUUUAUUCAUUUCAAGCCUUAUGUUUCUGAAGGAUUAUUUAACAAACUUUUAUUUGCAUCAGUGACCUAAUUAAAGGGAAAAUCCAAUAUGUGCUCCAGAAAUUCUUUCGUUUAUUUUUUUUUUCUCCACCUUUCUGUUAUAUGUCAAGUCAUUCAAAGGGGGUCUCUAGAUACCUUCUUUAUUGGUGUGGGGAGCCUAAAACUUCCAGUGCAGCUAUUGUUCAUGUAACAAAAAUAAAUGUGUCAUUCCUACUGAGAUGUAAGUACAUUUAAAACAAAUAAGUGUCUUUUUUCUUUUUGAUGCAUCUCGUGUGAUGCAGACAUAGUUAUAAAGAUUGCACAGUUAUGUCGUGUCAUGUGCACAUUUCAGUAGAAAAUGCAGACAUUUUUUGCAAAUUAAUUACUUCUAGAAAAUAUAUUAAGCACCAAGUACAUUUUCUAAAAAAAUGUUUGUGUAGAGAAGGAAUUUGUUUAAUAUUCCUUCAGAUUGAAUUGUUUGAACCUGCACUUGCUCACAACUUUACAGUGGAUCUUUUUAGUGCAGUGCUUUCGAUACAUAGGCAUGAUAGGCCAUUAUUUAAUGUAUAAUAAAGAACUCAUUUAAUUGUAUUAUUAAAUGAGGAAGCCUGUUAAUGGAAAUAUAUAUUUA